AUGCACUGGCGACGAGCGUCAGCGAUUGCUGCCAAAGACCGCCGCCCCGCUGGCCCGGCUGCGGUUUUUGUCAUCUUUCAUCCCGCGAGAUUGACCGACUGCAUCGACAUGGCUGCGGCGCAACGCCGGUCGGGGCUCAAGACCUGCAGCGACACGCUCGCCACAGCAAGAGGCGGGAAAACAGCCUUCUUUUCCUCUUUGCUCCUUGCCGGCCUGCUGGGCACCUGGGCCAACGGGAUUCUUGUCGCCUUCCAACCGCAACACGGCGGGCUGUCCGCCAAAGGACCAGGUCUUGUCGUUCAUGAACAGUAUCUACUUCGGAAUGCUACAUGGCAUCCUGUCGUCGGCCAGCAAUCUUUGUCCUUUUUCGUUUGGUCUCUUGAAAAUGCUCUUCGGUGCAGCUUGUAG